AUGACAUCCGGAAACUUGUCUUUCGGUAAAUAUGCAAAACAUUUUUUGCGGGACAGAGAAUCGUUCUCAUUGCCUGCAAUUGUACUGUGCCUCUCGGUGUCGUCGACAGAUGCCCAGUUUUUCGGCUAUCCUUGGGGUUUUGGUGGACUCGGCUAUGGUGGUCUCGGCAUGCUAGGACUCGGCUACGGUGGAUUGGGCGGCAUGGGCUACGGCAUGUGGGGACGCUAA